AUGUCGAGGCAUCUCCCUCCCAAGCACAACCCGCUCGUUCUUCCGGAUGCGGCUCCAUCAUAUGAGGAUCUACUCGCGCGCCGUCGCCUCGGCAAGACAAACCUUUCUGUGAAAGCGACCCAGAUCGGCACUUCCAACGCGACCAAGCCUGAAAACCUCGGUUUGUUUGAGUACGCCCACCUGCGGGCACCUCUUCCCCGGGACCUGCAAGGCUCGGGAAUCUUUCCCUCGCACACUCCUGCACAGCACCCGGAUGUCUACUUUCUGAUGCGGAGGAGUAAGGACGGCUUUGUCAGUGCCACAGGAAUGUUCAGAAUCGCAUUUCCAUGGGCCAAGGUCGAGGAAGAGAGAUGCGAGAGAGAAUAUCUGAAAUCCCGCGAACACACCAGCCACGAAGAGGUCGCUGGUAAUGUAUGGAUCAGCCCCGAAUUCGCUUUGGAGCUAUCCCGAGAGUACCAAAUCUAUGACUGGGUUCGCGCCCUGCUCGACCCGACCGAUAUAAUUCAAAGCCCAUCGAGCGCAAAGAAGCAAAUCACCCCACCACCAAGAUUUGACCUCCCAAUGGAUGAGCCCACUCUAUCUCGCCGGAGCCGCCGAUCGGUCUCGCCGAGCAAGAGACCGACAUCACCCCGGAAGUCUCGCGCUGGUCGCUCCGCAAAGGAUGUUCAGAGCACACCGUCCACAGCCGCUGCCAACAGCAGCUUGCAAGAGGCCUUGGAGCUGACAGCUUCCAUGGAAGCGGUCGCCAAUAGCGCUGUCCCCCCAGUGGUGUUGGAAGAGGUGCAGGUCACUGAGGUCACCGUGCAAGGGUCCCCAGAGAAGAAGAGGGGUCGCAAACCGAAGAAGGUCGUUCCGGAGAUUGAUGGUGAGAAGGAGGAGGUGAAGACGGAGGAGCCAGAGGACGAGGACAAAGAGUCAGUCGAGAAAUCGGAGAAACCAAAGGCCGCCAAGAAAGAGAAGACGAUGGCAGCCAGAAAGAUUGUAGAAGACGUGGAAGAAGAGCCUGAAAGCGAAGCUGUCACAUCUGCUCCAGCCAUCAACGACACGACCACGAACCAGAACAACUUCACCCUGGAUCUGCCGAUUUCUCUGCCCGAGGUGCCAUCAGCCGCCGAAACACAGGAGAUGAUUGCCAAAGCCAAAGAGAUGGUCGAGGAUGCUAUCAAGAACCAGGCAGGUGGCUCCGCCGAGAUACCUCCACCAGUCACCGUGACCAAGAAGCGUAAGAAUGUGGAGGAAGAUUCAGAUGAGGAAACGGCAGCCGAAGCCUUACAGCGGGUGAAGAAAGCCAAGGUGUUGGAGGACAAGCUUAAGCGCGAACGGGUGCGCAACCGAGCUCUGUUCGGUGUUUCUGCGGCCUUUGCUCUUGCUGCCUCCAUUCCAUACUUCUUCUGA